AUGGGAGACGACAAUUCCAAACUGCAGGGACGAGGGCCCAAGUCUGGACCAAAAACUGCAAUGGGAACAACUCAGAGAAGAAACUCGGGUCUCCGAAGCUCCACAGAUGGGCAAAAGAGGUCGAAUUUAACUACGCUACCUUCUGUCGGAGACCCACCGCAGUUGGAGCACAAGGAUGAUGGCACUGACUUGUGUCACUCUGACCCCAAGCACGCAAUCUCAGAUACAUUGAACCAGCCCCAAUCGGAAAGUGCCGGGGCGUUACUUACUCGAAGCAAAGCGGCGCCACAGGGAAGAGAUAAGCAGCCCAGGAUCAACUCCACUUCGAAGGUCACUGCUGGAAUCAGACGCAAGGUACCCACUGUCUCUCAUGAAGGCGAUGGCCCAUUUACAAUCCAGUCUCGGACCAGCAAUCGACGAACCAGUAGUAAAACAAUGGCAGAUGACAAGUCGACCAGAAUUCAGGAUAUGACAGUUCGCUCUGGUGGUACCAAAACUCAACGUCUAAAAUUAACCUUACCGCGUGUGCCGAAGAGGCAACCCCAGCGCUCAAAUCGGAAGAGAUACACUUUAAAACUCAGGACUGAAGUUGAUUGGGAUGAAGAUCUCCGACCUACUGAUGGGGAGACGCCUUGGAACAGUCAUGAGCGUGGAACCUCUGUUUCCACGCCAUGUCCCGAGCUAAGUAGCGUGGAAGAGAGCAGCGUGAAGACAAAUCACAAACGAAAGGGAUCGAAAGCUGGCCCGCCAUCUGGAAAGCGCAGGAAAGCAGUGAAAGCAAAGAGCAGUACUGGGAAGAAGAACAUCCAACUGUCUCAACUGCCCCUGACUCUGGUGGACGCAGUUCCUUCGGUGCCUCCACAUCCAAAACAAAGCCCGAUCAAUCUCCGAUCCAACUCACAAACAGUCAAUCAUGAAUUCGCUAACACCAACAACAUGUCUGCAGUAUUGCAAUCUGCUUCAGCUCUGCCGAAACCAAAAGAAGCAGCUAGCCGCGAAAGGGUGGUUAUCGAAAUAUCUAGUGAUCCAUUGAUUUCCACUUCUUCGAGUCCUGACACCAGCAUGGACGUGCUCAGAAAUGAGGCAUAUCGAUAUCGGGUAACACGGACAACUAGCGAUGGGAGAGGAAAGGCUGUCGGCCAGAAAUUAGCCGAUGCGUUACGUGGCGUGGAGUUGCACACCCAACUUCGACCUGCUGUCGAGACAAGCUUACAAUCUACCCAUAAGGGCCGCGAUAGCACGAUUCAUGAUGAAGAACCCACAAUCACCUCGCCACAAAUUCACAUUUGUGAUAACCCCCAAAUUGAAAACUUACAAGCAGAUCAUCAUACACUUCAACACAAACAAGAAACAUUUGAACGCGUGUCCGAGGCUCCCAAAGUGACACAGAAUGUCGAAAUCCCGAGAAAUGUCACUAAUCCCCACAUCCUUGAUGCGAAAAUGGAACAGAAUCCUCCAAAACUACAGGAAAAGCCAUUGAGUCGUCAGUCCUCUACUCACAUGGAUUUUCAUAAGGAUAGCACGAAUCCUGGAGGUGGUGAACAAAGAGCCGGCUCAAAGGAACCUCUGAAGAAGAUCGAUCAGCUCGAAGAUUCUCAAAUCAAUUCCGAGUCACUACACCAUCCAAUCAACAACACCUUCGCCCACUAUCUGGAGUUGGAGAUAGACGCUGCGAAUGGGGGUCUGUCAAACGAACAAUAUAGGAAUCAUGAGACUCCCGAGUCUCAGAGACCUCUUCUGUCACCUCACACACCCUUCCAAUUCAUAUUCUACCCACCACCGAGAGACAGUAUAGCCAGUAUCGUCGAUUCAAAUGGUAGCCCUAGGCUUAUGCCAGGAACCAGUUUGCUGGUUGAACGAGCUCGAGCCCGGUUGGACCAUGUGAAGAUGCCCAGUGACGUGUCGAUUGCUAGUUCCAGUAUCAAAGAACGAAAUUCGGAUGGAUCCUCCUAUUACAGCUCCGACGAUGGACAGGUGUGGUCCAAAUACCAGCGAGACAUGUUCCUGGAAUAUGGGUUUGAAACGGAGUCUAUGAAGAAGAAGGCACAGGCCAUUUGCUCCAAAGAAAUUGCCGAUCAGGAUGCCAGUAAAACUCUCGACCUUGGGGUUGGAGCGCGCAAUCCAUCAGAAGUACUGUCCACGCUUUUCAGUGGGAUCUCUGAUAAUCCCAUAAUCACUGGGCCAGAUUUGCGGGGAAUUGAUGCAGGAAUUAUCUCCACUCAAGCACCGAACCUCCCCCACAAGAACGCAGAAGAAAGUAUACUACACAAUGUUUCUCAAACAGCGACCCGUGCUCCCCUACAGAUUUCUGAACCACAGCAAUCGUCUGUACCAGGCGAAACUAACCCACAGGAUUGGAUUAUCGCUCUACAGAAUGCUCAGAGAAGUGCGCAUGAAGUUGUACUGCAAACAAAUGAGCGCCUCUCCAGUCAACUUGCAAUAGAACAGGACACUAUCCAUCAAGUACUCCAGAUAUACCAACAGGGAUGCAAUCGCAUUCUCGAUGAAUUAUUUCAAGCGCAACAAGUUCGCAUGGGCCUCUACCAGCAACAAAUGACCACUGUGAAGGAGCAACACCGACAACUCUGCCAGAAUUUCAUUCGGGGGUUCCAAGAACUAGACCAUCGGGUCCAGGAUGGGUCCUGA